UCUCAGCGAGGUGGGCUGUGCGCCGGCAGGCGAGCGUGGGGAUGGGUCGCGUCCUGGGGACCCUUCCCGACCUGAUAUGCCAGUAUUCCCACUUUCCUGUGUGGUGCAGCAGUAUGCCUGGGGGAAGAUGGGUUCCAACAGUGAAGUGGCUCGGCUGCUGGCCAGCAGUGACCCACGGGCCGGAAUCUCAGAGGACAAGCCAUACGCAGAGCUGUGGAUGGGGACCCACCCUCGGGGAGAUGCCAAGAUUCUUGACAACCGCAUCUCACAGAAGACCCUAGGCCAAUGGAUUGCUGUGAACCAGGACUGCCUGGGCUCAAAGGUCAAGGACACCUUUAAUGGCAAGCUGCCCUUCCUCUUCAAAGUACUUUCGGUUGAAACGGCCCUGUCCAUCCAGGCACACCCUAACAAGGAACUGGCAGAGAAACUGCACCUCCAGGCUCCACAGCACUACCCUGAUGCCAACCAUAAGCCAGAGAUGGCCAUUGCCCUCACCUCCUUCCAGGGCCUAUGUGGCUUCCGGCCAGCUGAGGAGAUUGUGACCUUUCUGAUGAAAGUGCCCGAGUUCCAUUUCUUAAUUGGAGAUAAUGCAGCAACACAGCUGAAGCAGAGCCUGAGCCGUGACUCCCAAACCGUGGCCUCUGCUCUGAAGAACUGUUUCUCCCACCUGAUGAAAAGCGAGAAGAAGGUGGUGGUGGAGCAGCUCAACCUGUUGGUAAAGCGGAUCUCCCAGCAAGUGGCUGCUGGAAACAAUGUGGAAGACAUCUGUGGAGAGCUCUUGCUGCAGCUGCACCAGCAGUAUCCAGGUGAUAUCGGAUGCUUUGCCAUCUACUUCCUGAACCUGUUAACCCUGAAGCCGGGGGAGGCCAUGUUUCUGGAGGCCAAUGUGCCUCAUGCCUACCUGAAAGGAGACUGCGUGGAGUGCAUGGCGUGUUCAGACAACACAGUACGUGCUGGCCUGACAUCCAAGUUCAUCGAUGUGCCAACUCUGUGUGAAAUGCUCAGCUACACCCCCAGCCCCAGCAAGGAGAGGCUCUUUCCUCCAACACAGAGUCAGGAAGACCCCUAUCUCUCUAUCUAUGACCCUCCUGUACCAGACUUCACUGUUAUGAAGAUGCAGGUCCCUGGUUCCACCACUGAGUAUAAGGUCUUGGUAUUGGACUCUGCCAGCAUUCUCCUGAUGGUACAGGGUACAGUGACAGCCAGCACUCCCAAAGCCCAGGCAACAGUCCCCCUGCAGCGUGGUGGGGUGCUCUUCAUUGGGGCCAAUGAGAAUGUCACAUUGAAGCUCACUGUUCCUGAAGAUCUGCUGAUAUUCCGUGCCUGCUGUCUCCUGUAGAGGCCAUAGCCAUUCUAGCUCUCCUGCCCAGUCACCCUAAAUCCUGGCCAGCCUUACCUCCUCAUGCCCAGCUCAAACUCCUUCCUUGCUCUGGACUCUUUGGGUAUGCCUUGAAAGAGCUGGUGUAGAGCAAUGAGAUUGAAGGUAAUGACUCCUAACAGGCCUAGGCUGAACCAUCUUCUUCCUCAAAGGUGCCAUGUGAGGACUAAGGGCUGACACUCCCCUUGCAUUCUCACCACACCUGCACCAGAUUCAAUGCAGGAGGCAGCAGCUAUUUCACUUACAGUAAACUGGUGAAAUCUAUGAUUAGCUCAGCAUCAGGUACAGCAAAAAAAAGUAGGUAAUGUCUAAGCACAGGGUUCUGGCCCUAGGAUUACACAUUUCCUCAGCUGCAGAAGAGGUAAAGGGUAGGCCUGUGGAUGAGUGUUGUUCAUUGUCAUCCUCUUGCUCUGUCAAAGCAAUUAAAAGAUAACUUGUUGAGGCUGUGGCACUGAAGAGCAUUCAGACUUUGGUGGUCCAGUCUCUGAAGUAGGGAGAGGCAGCCAGCUUCAGCCUCAGAUGCAAAGCUUGCAGGCAGACUUUGGGCCCUCCACCCCUGUAGACAGUGGAAGGUGGGUCUGAAAAGCAAGAUUCUUCUCCAGGGUUUCAGUUGGCCUUUGGGCAGGGAUCAGCAUGCUAAGGCCAUGCCUACUCAUUUAUAUAGUAUCCACCUGCUUUCAGGUUGGCAAAGUUGAGUAGAUGCACCAACCCAUAUGGCCUGCAAAGCCUAAGUACUGACUGGCCAUUCAUGGAGAAAAUUGGUCAAUCACUUCUCUAGAGCACAGUCACUGGAGAUACAGGGACUCAGGAACAGGACAAUCCAAUUUAUGAAGAGCAACCUAGCUACUUUUUUUUAAACUGACAGGAAGUACCUAGGAGGGCAUCUACUCUCCUAGUGCCUACCCUCUUAGAAGUGGGACACACCUCUGCAGGAGGUUGCACAACUACCUGUUCGCCAGUCUUGGAUCUUAUCACUCCAGACUAAGGAGAGACCUAGGCCACUGGCUCCUUCCUGUAGGGCAAGGGUUUAGACUCGUACAAAGGGAUCUUUCUUGGCUGCCCACACCUGACCCCCUGGACAACUUAAUUCUAGGAAACUACCUUCAAAAAAGUUCUGACCAAUCUGUUCUAGUUUUCUUUGGUCCCCAAAUUUCCUCAGCUAAAAAAAAAAAAAGGACCUAAGAAGAGGGAAGAAAGGGUUUGCUAAAGGAAACUCAUUCUAAAGAGAAGUGAUGUGCAAAGGCCCAUUCUAUCCAUGGUCUCCAGUGAAGGCAGGCCUGAAAAUGAUGCCCAUUGGGAACAGCUGAAAGGAGAAGAGGUGCUGGGGGAAUGGUCACAGUUGGGAAUAUUAGGCUAUUUCUUCAUUUCAGAAUUUAUAAGGGACAAUGACUGUAGCCUAGGCCUUUCUUAAAAAUCCUGUUCCAACACAAAGACAGUGUCAACUAGCAUGACUGUAUUUAUUAUAAACUUACAGAGUUGUAGAAACUUAA